AUGAAACUAGUAGGCAAAGGAAAAUUGAGAAAGGACACAAGGCGUGCUGCGCGAGUGCGGGGUGUGGCAACUCGGGGAGCCAGCACGAGGGCGAAAUUUUUCCGUUUUCCAGCGGACGAGAGGCUCCAGCCGAAGGCCAGUUCGCCGUGCUUCGGUUGCCUGGAGCAUUUGGCCUCGCUGCAGACGGCUGCGGACAGGUGCAUUUGGCGUCUCUGGAAGCAUUCGGCCAGGUACGACAAACUACGCCUGGAUCAUCUGAAGAAGGCCGGCUUGCAGAGUUGCACACCUAUCUUUCAGGGGACGCUGCCUGCUGGUGUUCAACCCGACCCUGACAAGAUUCGCGCUGUCCAGCACUUUCCUGUUGCGUCUUCCGCCGCAGAAGAAAACGGAUACACGGAUACACGGAAAGCCAGCCACACCAGAAAAAUGCGCGGCCACAUGCGAGGAGGUCCUUCUCGGCCUGCAUUGCUUCUUUGUGGUCACCACCUUUUGCCAGCAAUUUGCAAAAGACACGCCUGCCUCAAAUUGGUCUAUUCAUCCGAUGACCCGUUCUUCAUACCCGGCCGGCCAACUUGUGCAAGGCAAAAUAAACAAGGAAAAAAAUAUCUGACCAUCCUGGCGGAAGCAAGCACAAGAAGAGAGGCCCUGCGAUCCUAUUCUGCGCAGCUUUGUAAAGACCGUCCCAUCCUGAUGUUGACCGUCUGUCUCAAGUCUGGUUUUGUCUCACUUGCUUCCUCCUGAUAAUUGAAAAAAAAAUACGAGUGUCGUAUGCACGCCGCCCUUUGGUGCCCUGGUUUGGCUUCCCGAAAUAAAUUGGCACUCCGCCACGUAUUCCCCCGUCCCCACGAAUAUUUUCUUUUCAUUGCUUGGUAAACACUGAGAGCCCAGGAAGGAGGGCGGGGAGCACUAGGGAAGCGUAUGGCGUGUAGCUUAAAGUGGGACAAAUAUUAAACGAGCAGGGCCGGCAGUGCUGCUCUGGUAAGAGCGAAGACGGGUGAAUCUGCCACACAUUUAAAAAAAAUAAUAAAAAACGGUAAAUGGAGAGUUUGAUUGCUGGGUGCUGAAACACUGUCAAAAAAAUUACUCGCUGUAGCGCAGUUUUCAGUGAGGGUCCAUGCUUGGGCAGUUCCCGAUUCGUACCUCCCCGAUUCGUACAAAAAAGUAUCCGCUCGAAUAGAGUGCAACAGAGGCACGGGGAUGAAAAUCUUCAGAGAAGCCAGGUUUUGGUCUGGCAUUUUCUUUUUUUUUUUUAGAACAUUAUGCACCAUAUAACGUAUUGCAUUAGUAUUGAAAUACUGUAGAUGUCAACUUCAGUAACCUCAAAUCGGAAACAUGCCCGUUAAAAGUAAAGUCCGCCAUCCCGGUCCUGCAAAAAUGGAUGUUCAACGAAGCUUUAGAAAACCACCACUACAACUGCUGAGGGGGGUAUGCAAUGCUUUAUCACUUUAGAGUAAUGGUAGGAAUGGGAGUAAUGGUAAUUUUGACAGCACGCCGCCGCCCAUAGUGGUGCUACAAAGCCAUCGAAAUCAUUUGCUAGGCUGUUUAUUUUAUAUACGAAAAGCUAGG